UGCUGAUAACAUGUGUCAAAAUUGUGCUUGUUCAUUAGUGCAUCGAUUACGAAGAAAUAUAUACGUAUUUGUUUGAAACAAUGUUUGUUUAAUAAUUCAAAGUGGACUUUAUUAUUUCUAUUUAUUUACAAGCUGACUUAAAAUUUAUUAUCAUGAGAGAAGAAAUCUAUUUAAUUGGUCAAAUGAAUCAAGAUUUUGUCGGAAGAAAGCUUCCAUUACUCAAAGAGGUUAUGUCGAUCUUUUUUUACCACCAUAAAACCUGUAAUUUAACAAUUAAACAAAGUUCAGCAAGUACGACAAAACAACUGAUAGAACUUUGGCGAAAAACAGGUAUUCCACUACGUCAAGAAUCUUCUAUAAUUUUGUCAAUAAUUCGAUCUCAUAACAGAUGGAUACUUUUAUCAAAGAGUAAACGUCAGAAAAAAUCUCCAACACAAAAGAAGAAUGAGUCAAUUUUUUGUAAUGAUUUACAAAAAUUGUUUGAUAUUUCCCAUGCUAAUGUUCUCAAUGAAAUUGAUGCUACAAAAAAACAUUUUUUGGAAAGCCAAAGAAAACCAUCUCGACGUGGUUUUAUAAACGAUUUUGGGCCUAUUACUGAAGAUAUGGAAAUUUGUUGUUUAGAUCAGAGUGAAACGAAUGCAAAUAGAGAUGAAAAUGAGGCACUUAUGAAUACUGAGACCCUUCUUCUCAGCCAAAAAUCAAAAUCUACCGUUUCUACCGUUAGUCAAAUUUCUAACAAUAUCUCUGAUUUUGAAGACGAAUUAAAAAAGAAAUCAAAACGAAAAGCACCUCUAAUGAAUAUCAUGACACCGGAACUUGCAGCUGCCCUUGAUCGUGGAAAAGUUAGCAGCAGAAAUGCCGUAUAUAUUUUAGCUGCUACUCUCAAAAGUACUGGCAUUGAUAUGAAAGGCUAUGGACUCAAAAACCAGGAUAAUUUUGUGCUACAUUGGGACGGGAAAAUAUUACCUGAUAUAGUUGGUACGGAAAAAGUUGAUAGACUGCCAAUUAUUAUAUCGUCAUCAGGCAGUGAACAACUGUUAGGUGUACCCAAAAUGAAAUCUGGAACUGCUAAAAAUCAGGCUGAUGCUAUUGUGAAAAUUCUAUUCGAUUGGGGUAUUUCUCGUAAAAUAGUAGGACUGUCUUUCGACACGGCGGCUGUUAAUACAGGUAUUAAUUCAUGUUAUUGUUUUCUUAAAAACUUUAUCAUGAUAUAA